UCUUCCGGAUUUUUGCUCGUGGAUGUGAAUGGUAUGUGAUUUCGAGUACACACAAACAUUAGAUAAGCGCCUUGUCUAUACGGUCUUGCAAAACGUCCAACAUAUCAAGAUGUCAAACGAAGUCAGCGGAGUCGAACACAGUGAAAAUGAUGAAAUGAGAACAAAGAGUCUUCUGACCAGGUCGUAUGUAGUCGACACAAACAACAAUGAUGACGGCACAUCAUGCUUGACCCUGAGUUAUACAUACAAUGAAGUGGAGGAAAUCGCUAAGAGCAUCCUGGGCAGAGUGACAUGCCGACCGACUCUGGGAAUUAUCUGCGGCUCCGGGUGCGGCAAACUGGCCGAUGGAGUGGAGGAGAAGGAGGUGAUCAGCUACAAGGACAUUCAGGGCUUCCCCAUCAGCACAGUUCCUGGCCAUGAGGGGAGGCUGGUGUUUGGGAAGCUGAGGGGCAAGGCUGUGGUCCUGAUGCAGGGGCGAGCUCACUGCUACGAGGGCUAUUCUCCCCAAAAGAUCACCCUCCCAGUGCGCACGAUGAAGUUGAUGGGAGUAAAGGUGUUGUUUGUCACCAAUGCUGCUGGAGGGAUCAAUGACAAGUUCAGUGUGGGGGACAUCAUGAUCAUCAAAGACCACCUCAACCUGGCUGGAUUCGCUGGCAUCAAUCCGUUGGUUGGAAUGAAUGAUGAGAGGUUUGGUCCCCGCUUCCCAGCACUGUCAGGAGCUUAUGAUGACGAACUGCGGAAGAUUGCCAAGGAAACGGCAGCUGACAUGGGUAUGACCAAAUUCUUCCAGGAAGGCGUCUAUAGCAUGAUGGUAGGACCAUCCUUCGAGACGGUCACAGAGUGCAAGUUCCUCCGACUCAUUGGUGUUGAUGCUACAGGAAUGAGCACCAUCCCUGAGGUGACCGUAGCCCGUCAUUGUAAUAUGAAGGUGUUCGGCCUCUCCCUCAUCACCAACAAGUGCAUCAUGGAAUUUGAGUCUCAGAGCUUUGCUAACCACGAGGAAGUCCUGGCAACAGGGGAAAUGAGAAGCAAGGACCUCCAGAGAUUUGUUGCGGAAAUGGUCUCCAAGAUAGACGUAUAACAAGUUUCACCCCAGCCAUAUCACUGAUUACAUCCACGUCUCAGUCUGUGUCAGACAUGUACCUCUUGUAUACAUGAGUAUACAGCAGUAGUAGCUUGUAUGCUGGUCAAGAGUUAUAUCCUCAAACACAGUUCCGUGUUAUGGUGAAAUGGCCAAAAUGUCAGAGUUUGGGGUUCCAGUUACAUUAUUAUUGAAAUUUAAGUCAGUUGAUAAAAUAAUUAAAGGUUUCUAUUUUAAUAUUUUAUGUACAUAUUUAAAUAUUCUUAAGUUCAAAGAAUUUAAUUAAUUAUGGUAAUGCUGCCAAAUUGUAUUAUUGUAAUCUAGUCUACGAUUUUUUAUAAAUAUUUGUGGGUUUACAAUUAAUAUUUUCCUCGUCAAUGAUAUUCACACCAUUCUGAUCACUGUAACUUAUUUUCAUUUUCGAAUAUUCCCAUUUCAAUCUAAUGUCUUUUAGAUGGUACUCCUUUUUUCACAAAGUAGGCUAGGUAACUGACAGUUUGUUAACUGCCAUGGAGUAGAGAGUUGGCAAAAAACAGUCUGGCAGACUGGUUCUCUUGCACCAUGAUAGACGUAACAAAAGUAGUAUGUUGUGAGAGGGAGGUUUUCAUUAAGUGUCCUGGUGAGAUAAGAGUAUUAUCAUUGUUGUUUUCAUGUAUCAUUGUAUCAGUUUUAAUCCUAUUGUUGUUUCUAGUUAAGAACAAUGUGCCAUAUUUGCAGAAUCUGUUUUAUUGUCCUUGGACCAAAGGAGGAAGACAUAUACCGUAUUCGACGUAAUAAGCGCCCAGGGUGCUCUCAAAAUUAGAAAUAGGGGGCUCUUAUUAGAAUAUUACUUUGGUGGAAAAAACAGAGUUGAAAGAUAAAUUUCGUGGUUUAUGCUGACAGUCUGAACUGUUUAUAUACGACAGAUACACUUUUCCAGAAUAUAAAUCCCCAUAAUUAAGGGUGCAUAUAACACACGAGUGCUUAUAAUACACGAAUAAAUAAGUCUUGUGUACAUUGAUAAAUCGGAAGGGGGGCUAAUUGGGAUUGUUCACUAGCCAAUAUAUUAGCAAAUAUCGCCGUGGGCGCUUAUUAGAGCAGGGCGCUUAUUACGCCGAAUACGGUAUUCACUAAAUUCAGGAUUGUAAUAAGUCUAGGGAUGUCAUCGUAUAUCGCGAUAUCGAUGUAUUGAUAUAAGAUUUAUGUCAAUGCUGUACAGAUGCCAAUAAUGAGUGAGUAGGGUUGUAUGUCGCUUUUAGCAAUAUUCCAGCAAUAUCACGGCGGGGGACACCAAAAGCAAAUUUAUAAUUGUCACUACCAACUUAAUCAUUCACUGCCACAGAAGCGUUACGUUUAUUAAGACUACCAUGGUAAAGAUGGACAACGACAAGGCAGAAAUCUGAAUUUUAAACAUUUGCUCUGGUUAACAGCCCCGCCAAGUUCAUAUUUAGCUUUAAAUUGAUGUGGGUCUACAUAGAUAAUAUUUAUUUAUACAAAUGCAGAAGAAUUAUUUUAUUAUUUAUAAAAAUAUUGUCAUAUUCUUGAAUCCAUAUACAUCAAUUCUAAAAUUUCCAAUUAAUGAUAUCUCUACAAAAAAUAUUCCAGAUUACACAGUAAACAGUAGAUGCAGAUGUGUCUCAUUAAAACAGUU